AUGGACGCAACACAAGGAAAAGGUAACAUGAGUAAAAAGACUUUAAAUGCUAAAGACAUGCUGACAAGAUCUUCUGUGGAUGAGUGCAUUCAUAGUGAAGUACUGCAGGAAAAUAUUCGAAUGUUAGUAAGAGACAUGGACCUGUCGAAUGGAUUGAUAACUGAUGAAAUUCUACAGAUUGGAUGUCUAACUGAGGAUGAAGUCCACGAAAUGAAGAAUUUGAGUAAACAGGACCAAAUAAGAAAAUUAACAUCAGUUUUGGGGAGAAAUAACAAAAGUAAAUUUUUUAAAUUUCUUGAAGUAAUUUCAAAACAAGAAUUCUACCCACAUGUUGAGAAGCUUCUAAAGGAAUCAUACGAAAAAAAGUUAAAGGAAAACGAAAAGCAUUAUGAUACUAAAUGCAUCCGCUGCUUUCUCGUUCAAAAGGUAGAAAUCAAGCGGAUUAUGGAUUUUCUUUGUGAGCACCAGUUCAUAGGGCUGCCUGAUAUUGAAGAUGCUAUAAAAGGUGACAGAACAAAUGCAGACAAUUUUUGGGGGCACGUUUUUCAGAAAAUUUUUGAUCCUAUAAAUGGGGAGAGUUAUUGUUCAGUAUUUAAAGAAGCUCUCCAAGACCAUUAUCCUCAUAUUGCAAGAAAAAUCCAUUGCCAGAAUCAUUUGAAAUGUUGUUGUCGCUCUGACCUAUCCAAGUCCUAUCCAAGUGGAAGCAUUGGCGAUUCUUCAGAGAUAAGCACAACUACGACAAUAAUUCCAAACACUAAACCAGAGACCUGUCUCUGGGUGGAGAAGACUUGCAGUUUACAUGAUAAUCUUAAGGAAAUUCAGGAAGAAAAAAGUGAAUAUUUACGCAGUCAACAAGAUGGAAACUUUACACAAACCAAGGUUUCAAUGCCCUUUCCAUCAACUGAAUUUGGCACAAGCUUAGAAUCCGUAAGGUUUAACACUGGGAAUUUAAAUGCCACAGCAGAUCAUCACAAAAAAUCAUUUAUACAAGGAAAGAGAACUUCCUCUAAAUUUAAAUGGAAUAGAAGUAGCUCAGGGCGAAGACAUCUUAAUUACUCGGUAAAAGGACGAAUGAAUAAAAGCAGAUAUAAAUGGGUAAAUUCAAAUACAAGUUCUGAAAAUAAGCCAUUUGAUAACAGAUCGGAAAAUUGAAAGCGAAGUUACAAUAACGCAUUUGUAGCGAGCGAAGCAGAUCCAAUGAACAUAAUUCCUUCAACAACAGCAAAUUUUGAGGAUGUAAAUUUGGGCAAUAUAGGUGACAACCAAUUUCGAUUACCUGAAUAUACCCCGGAUAAGAGUCAAGAAACUGUAAUUAAUGACGGUUCAUUAAUCGUUUCCGAAAAUAAAGAAAGAUAUAAAUCAGUCAAGAAGCCAAUACUACCAAGAUCAGCUUUUACAUAUGUAAGAGAAAGAACAGGUAGUAAAACAAACAGACAGUUGUCAAAUAUCAAUCAACAAAAAAAGUAUUCUCCGUAUAACCACAAUGGCAGACCAAGCAUCAUAUCAAAUGACAUUAGAGUUACAGUAAAUAGAGAAAUGGGACAGAAUUCCAGCACGGGAAGUCCCAAAAAAAGAAGGGUUAAUUACAAAACAGAUACUAAUGGUACCCUUGACAACAGAGUGAUAAAGAAAUCAACGCCCAGAAAGGAACUUACACUGCCCUUUAAGAGGUAUGAAGAAAAAGAAUCUCAUCAGGGAAGGCGUGAAUGAAUGUCAUCAAUUGUUGCGGUUAGAAAGUCUGCUUAGCCAUACUCCUGUACACUCUGGUUUCCACAUCAUUUCGUGAAAAGGCGAGAGCAUAAAAUUUAUAUUUAAAACCAAACUCGAUUUUACACAUGGGGACGAUAGUUUAUGAUACAUUCAGCGAAAACGUAUUUUCCCGAACUGUUGAAAACAAGACAUUCAGACUUUGCGUAUUUUAUUUUUCUUCUUUCGAGUGGAUGAAGUAUUUAUCUGUAUAGUUUCAUGUAUUUUAUGAUUACAGUAAUGGAACAAGUGAAAUUGAUGCUAAGCAUCAAAUCGUCCGCAAAAUUGUGCAGCAUUUUGAAAUAUAUGUGUAUUUCCAUAUGAAAGAGCCCAAAGAAAAUUUCAAAGUAAAAGAAAAAGUAUAUGAUAGUUUUUCUUGUAAAACUAAACAAUUAGUUCACUCUUCUGGGCAUUUCUUAAUGUUUCAAUGAUUUCUUACAAAGAGGACAUACAAGAUUUUCAUGUGCUGAAACCUGGAUCUUUGUCAUAUGAUUUUCGUCUUGGUACACAUGUAACAAAUUGUAUCAUUUGCAACUUUAGUUUAUUCUAAACUAGAUCUACUUCUAAAAACUUUUCACAUUUAUUGAU